AUGGGCUGCUCAACAUUCGUCUUCUUAUCGGGGCUGCUGGCCAGCGCCGCGCCGCUUGUGUCUGCGCAGUCGUACGGGUCGGAGUCGGCAGGAUCAUCGUCACCACCAGGGUCGUCAGGCUCGACAAGUUCGUCUGGCUUGUCUGUCGCACCCCCCUCCACGCCGUCCGCCAUCGACCUGACUGCCAUUGGGCUGCACACACUGGCGAAGGCAAACGGUCUGCUGUUCUUUGGCACGGCCACAGACACCAACCUGUUCAACGACACGUCAUACAUGCAGAUUGUCAACGACCGCAACAUGUUUGGCAUCCUGGUGCCGGAGAACAGCCUCAAGUGGCAGCCGACAGAGCCGACGCAAAACGACUUUCAGUUCGCCAAGCCAGACAGCGUGCACAGCCUGGCGACGGCCAACCAACAAAUGUUCCGCUGCCACACGCUCACUUGGUUCCAGCAGCUGCCAGCGUUUAUCACCACAACGGCGUGGACGCGAGCCACACUGACGGCUGCCAUCCAGACGCACAUUGCGCACGUUGUGGGCCACUACCGCGGCGCGUGCUACAGCUGGGACGUGGUCAACGAGGCGCUCAACGACAACGGGACGUUCCGCAACUCGGUCUUUUUCCAGACUCUCGGCACAGACUUUCUGCCCAUCUCGUUCCAGGCGGCCGCGCAGGCCGAUCCCAACGCACGCCUGUAUUACAACGACUUCAACAUUGAGUUUGACAACAACAAGACGGCCGCCGCGCUGUCCAUUGUCAAGCUCGUCCGUGCCGCCGGCGCGCGCGUGGAUGGUGUCGGUUUCCAGGGCCACAUGACAACGGGUCAGACGCCCAGCCGCGCCGCAAUGGCGGCCGUCUUCCGCAAGUUCACCGCGCUCAAUCUCGAGGUCGCCAUCACCGAACUGGAUGUGCGCCAGACGUCGCUGCCGCCGACGGCCGCGCAGCAGGCCCAACAGGCAACCGACUACGUCAGCAUGGUAGGCGGCUGUUUGGAUGUUGCGGGCUGUGUAGGUGUUGUCGCGUGGGAAUAUACAGAUCGUUACAGCUGGAUCCCGAGCACGUUCCCCGGCACGGGCGCGGCGUGUUUGUUUGACGAAAAUCUGCAGCCGAAGCCGGCCUACACGGCCGUGGCGAGCGUGCUGGCAGCCAAGGCGACGGGGAUUCCGGCGGGGGCGACGAUCGCAGGCAUUGGAGCUGGCCUGACCGGCGUUGGUGGUGGUGGCGGAAGUGGUGGUGCGUCGUCGUCGUCGAGUGGUGCAAACAGCAACAACAACAGCAGCAGCAGCACCAGCAACAGCAACGAAAGCGAUAACAAUGGGCAAAACUCGGCUACCAGCUUAGGCACAGGAAGCACCAAUGUUGACAUCCCCAGCGCCGAGUUUUUUGGCAACUUUGGUGGCAGCCCGGGCCAGAUUCCAGCGUCGAGUAGUGGUAGCGGUAGCAACAGCGGGCCUAACAGUGGAAGUGGGACCUCGAGCAGCAGCAGCAGCAGCAGCAGCACUAGUGGCGAGAGUAAUGCUGGUGGCAGUUACAGUUAUUAG